GCAUCUUUGUUUACUAACGUUAGCAGCUCAGCGCAGCUCAGCUAACUUCACGUCCUCUUUCCGAACACGCCUUAGCUACAGUUCCCUGCCGGGUUUGCUGUUUGAUCGUACAGUGUGUGUAAGCUGUGUGCCUAAUCAACAAAUAUGUCGCUAAACGGACCCGGAGAAGACUCCACGGACGCAAGAAGAGGCGACGGACAAGAGUCGGAGGCGUCUUUUUCUGCGUCUGGCCCCAUGGACGUGGACGCCAAGCCCAACUCCCGCAGCUUCAGAUACAGCCUGAACUACCCCAGCAUGGGCCAGUGCAUCAUCAUCAACAACAAGAACUUCGACAGGAGAACAGGCAUGAAUCAGAGAAAUGGUACAGAUGUGGAUGCUGGCAACGCGAUGAAAGUGUUUACAAAGUUGGGUUAUAAGACGAAGAUUUACAAUGACCAGACAGUCGAGCAGAUGAAACAGGUUUUAAUUUCUGUGUCAAAGGAAGAUCACAGCUGCAACGCCUCAUUCAUCUGUGUUCUGUUGAGUCAUGGAGAUGAGGGUGUGUUCUUUGGUACGGACGGCUCAGUAGAGCUUAAGUACCUAACGUCACUUUUUCGUGGCAAUCACUGUAUAUCACUGGUGGGGAAGCCCAAACUGUUCUUCAUUCAGGCUUGCAGAGGCACUGAUUUGGAUCCAGGCAUUGAAACAGACAGUGGAGAAGAUGGCACUACUAAGAUCCCUGUGGAGGCUGACUUCCUGUAUGCUUUCUCCACAGCCCCAGGCUACUACUCAUGGAGGAACACUACGACCGGGUCCUGGUUUAUCCAAUCACUGUGUGAUCUGAUCAGCAAAUAUGGAAAAGAAUUGGAGCUCCAGCACAUCAUGACACGAGUGAACCACAAGGUGGCAGUAGAGUUUGAGUCAAUCUCAAAUUCACCAGGCUUCAAUGCAAAGAAACAAAUCCCAUGUAUUGUGUCAAUGCUGACCAAGGAGAUGUAUUUUUCUCCUUGAUGUCGUCUCUGCCGUAGAAGCCUCGCCGGCCUUCGUCUGCAAAAGAAAGGCUUGAGGAUGCGUAUGAGGUGGUGUUUGUCAGUUAAUUUAGUUUACACUUUCAGACUGAACUCUUGAAACCUCAGCUUACAUAUUUCUGGGAGAGUAGAUGUGAUGCUAAUCUCACAUUUCACAAGCUUGGCAUUUUAGGGUUCCUUUAGUGGGGGAGUACAGUUCUGAAAUAUUAGGCAUUAAAAUGUGUAUCCCUACAGGGAAACUAUUUUGUAUUCUCUUUUUAAACAAAAACAAAUAUCAUGACUUUAAGAUAAAAUGUAAUUGCAUGCUCACUGGUUUGCUACCAGGACAUGCCUGUUUACACUAUACAUUUCAGGGAAUAAUAUUUGGAACCAGUUUGAUAGGAAAUUUGACCUUCUAUAUGUGUUUAAUCAUGAAACCAUAGACAGGCCUCCUGCACUCCAGCAUCAAUGUUUUUUUAUGAGUCAGCUGUUUAUUUUAACUCGACUGUCUAAGCAAGAUGAUAGUCUGUUAUGCAAGGAUCAUGUGUUUAAUUUCUGUGCCUGCUUUUUUUCUUUUUACAUUCUUGUUUUUUUUUUUUCAGUGUAGUGACAAUGAUCAUUCAUUGGAUUAGCACCUGAUGAGUUGUAUGAAGCAUUAACACUCCAUAGAGACAUAAAAGGAUAAUGUUGUGUAGCAAAUUCAGGAGCAUCCACUAAGCUAAGAAUUCAUUUUUACUUUUUAAGUUUUUUUCUUUUUCUAAAUGUGGAUAAUCAACUGUUGUCUCUCAAUUAGUGGGGGCAAGGCUUUGUAGCAUGCAUGAGUAAAGCCAGCACACUUGCUGUUAUUUGAGGCACAUUUUAUGAGGAAGUCAUCUGAACAACUUACAUUUCAUAUUUGGCUAUUUAUUUCAUGCGGUUUUAUAACGGACAAAAUGGCAAAAUAUAUGCCUUUUCACUUUGAUUUAAUUGUACACUCCUUAAAACACCAUUUCCAAUGGGUUGUUGUGUAACUGUGAGACAAACCUUUAUAUGUAAACAUCAGCUUUUAGAGACUUACAGCAAAAAAAAAAAAGAAGCACAAUUUGUUUAUGUAAUGAUCCAGGUCCUGGUCAUUUUGAGUAGAUAUUUCAGUACUUGCAGCAAAUAGGCUGAAAUCACUGUUACUUGACCAGUUUUAACUCUUAUCAAUAUACAACAUGUUGCUAUGAAUGUCUUUUGGGCUUUUUUGUGGUAUCACUUUUUUGUAAGCAGCUAUACUGUGAGGUUGGUGUAAUGUUCUGCCUGAUAAAUAAAAAACCACUUUUCAUUGUU